AUGGCUUCCACCAGAGCCUCGUCCCUCCACAGCCAGAUGGCCGACCCCGAGAAGCUAGAGGAUCAUGAACAGGACCAGCCUGAGCCUGAGGAAGACAAGACGCAAGAGAAAGAUGAAUCGCAGUCUCCUGGCGGUGACGAGCCGAACGACGACCACUUGCCACCGGACCUUCGUCGAACCAUCACUCCAGGACACUCCGCGUUUCUCGUCAAGUUCGACGACAACGAUCCUGCGAAUCCGAUGAACUUCUCGACCUUCAAGAAGGCAUGGAUCACGUUGCAACUAGGCUUUACGGCGUUGACGGCUUCGUUGGCCAGCUCCAUCAUCGCCCCUGCGGAAGGUGAAAUCUCGAGUAAAUUCCACAUCGGCAGCGAGGUCACAGUACUCGUGAUCUCGUUGUAUGUGCUGGGUUUCGCUGUCGGGCCUCUGAUGUGGGCUCCCAUUUCGGAAGUCUAUGGCAGGAAAUGGAGUCUGAUACCGGCUAUGACGGUUCUUGCUUUGUUCUCGAUAGGAACGGCUGUUGCUAAGAACCCCGAGACAAUAUUUAUAACUCGAUUCUUUGCCGGUGUCUUUGGCUCCGCACCCGUGAGCAACGUCUCCGCCUGCCUCGGCGAUCUCUACCAACCCAGCGCUCGCGGCAUAGCAGUCACCUUCUACGCCGUCAUGGUCGUCGGCGGACCAACCCUCGGACCCGUUAUCGGCAGCGCCCUCACCAACAACCCCCAUCUCGGCUGGCGCUGGACUGAAUACAUCAUCGCGAUCUACACCGGCUUCAUGUGCAUCCUCAUCCAAUUCGCCAUGCCCGAACUCUUCGCCCCCGUCCUGCUCAAACGCAAGGCGAAGAAACUCCGCAAACAGACCGGCGACUCUCGAUACUGGCACCCGCACGAACAAGAACGGAUGCGACCUAGCAACAUCGUCACGAAGUACUUCAACCGGCCCUUGAAAAUGCUCCUCACCGAACCCAUGGUCGCCUGCAUAGCCGUCUACGCCUCCUUCGUCUACGGCCUCCUCUACAUGACUCUCGAAGUCUUCCCCAUCGUCUUCCGUGAAGAGCGAGGCUACGGCCCCGUCGUCUCAACCCUCCCCUUCCUUGCCCUCUUCGUCGGCGUCCUCUGCGCAGUGGGAGUCAACCUCACCAACCAAGCCUACUACCGCAAAGCCGUCGCGAAGAACCACGGCCGCGCUGCCCCCGAAGCCCGUCUCCCACCUAUGGUCAUCGGCGGAGUCUUCUUCACCCUGGGUCUCUUCUGGUUCGGCUGGACGUCCGCUCCGCACUACCACUGGGCGAUCCCCACCGUCGCCGCCGGCUUCAUAGGCGCCGGCUUCAAUAUCAUCUUCCAACAAUGCAUUAACUACCUCGUAGACGUCUACUCCAUCUACGCCGCCUCCGCCGUCUCCGCCAACACCUUCCUGCGCUCGCUCUUCGCCUGCGGCCUCCCCCUCGCCGCAGGGCCCAUGUUCAGGAACAUGGGCGUGGGACCCGCGGCGAGUGUGCUGGGGGCGGUGAGUUGUUUGGGAUUGCCGGUGCCGUUUUUGUUCAUGAAGUAUGGAUUGCACUUGAGGCGCAAGAGUAAAUUUGCGCCGACGAAGGAUUGA